GGUUCGGAUUUGGAGUAUUUUGUAGUCCAAAUAAAUGAGAGAAAUGCGCGCUCGUUCUAAACUUGUUCUUCACUUUCUUCCCAUUCAUCACUGUACAUUAGAAGCUGUAUGUGCAGACCCGCGAUAGACGGACUGGUUCCACAAACCUCUUAUUUUUCGAUCCACCGGUUGUUUUUCUUCGAUUUGGUCCAUCAUUUUUUUCUUAGACGUUUCUUUGAGGCAUAUUGUACAGCAGAAAAAAAUGGCAUCUUUGCUUCUUCGACGCAGACUCUCACCUGUUGUUGGCAUUUCUCGUACUCUUCUUCAAGAUUAUAUCGAGCCCUAUAGGAUACCUUGGGAAUUUAAGGCUGGAACUUCAACUGAUAUUUGUGAUUGCUCAAGACCGUUCUGCAGUUCCAGUGGUGUAUCAAAGUUUGAUUUUACAGACCUGACUCGUCCUCAUACGUGGUACCCAAGUGCUCGAAAAAAGAAUCGGAAUGUUAUUCUACAUGUGGGUCCCACAAACAGCGGUAAAACACAUCAUGCUCUGAAGCAACUGGAGUCCAGUUCUUCUGGUAUCUAUUGUGGGCCUUUAAGAUUGUUAGCUUGGGAGGUGGCAAAACGGUUGAACAAUGCAAAAGUUCCUUGCAGUCUGAUUACAGGACAAGAAAGAGAGGAAGUUGAUGGUGCAAAGCACAAGGCUGUGACAGUAGAGAUGGCAGAUGUGACCUCUGACUAUGAUUGUGCUGUUAUUGAUGAAAUUCAGAUGUUAGGGUGUGGAACAAGGGGUUUUUCAUUUACUCGUGCUCUGCUAGGAAUACCAGCCAAUGAGCUUCAUCUUUGUGGAGAUGCAGCUGCUGUUCCUUUGAUUCAGGAGAUACUUAAAGUGACUGGUGAUGAUGUCAAGGUUCAAUAUUAUGAGAGGCUUUCGCCUCUAGUUCCAUUGAAGGCUCCUCUUGGAUCUUUUUCUAAUAUACGAACUGGAGACUGUAUUGUAACCUUCUCACGCAAAGAGAUAUACCGACUAAAGAAACAAAUUCAAAAUGGAAGAAAACAUCUUUGUUCUGUAGUUUAUGGUUCAUUGCCUCCAGAGACUCGUACAAGACAGGCAACAAUGUUCAAUGAUGCAAGCAGUGAAUUUGAUGUUCUAGUCGCAAGUGAUGCCAUUGGGAUGGGUCUGAAUCUUAACAUUUCAAGAAUCAUAUUUUCAACACUGAAGAAAUUUGAUGGAAUACAAAUGCGGGAACUCACUGUCCCAGAGAUCAAACAAAUUGCAGGGAGAGCUGGCAGGUAUAGAUCUAACUUCCCUGUUGGUGAAGUAACUUGUCUAGAUGCAGAAGAUCUACACUUAAUUCAUUCGUCACUGAAAUCACCGUCUCCCAUUUUAGAGCGUGCUGGAUUAUUUCCUACCUUUGACCUUAUGUUUAUGUAUUCACGGUUGCAUCCAAAGAGUGGCCUUUACAAUAUAUUGGAGCACUUUUUAGAGAAUGCCAAGUUAUCUGAAAAUUAUUUUAUCACUAAUUGUGAAGAACUGCUGAAAGUUGCCGCUGUCAUCGAUGAGCUGCCCCUUGGGUUGCAUGACAAGUACCUGUUCUGUAUUAGUCCAGUUGACAUGAAUGAUAAAAUUUCAUCUCAGGGUCUCACACAGUUUGCACAGAAUUAUGCAAAGAAUGGUAUUGUUCGGCUUCGAGAAAUUUUUACACCAGGGACACUUCAGGUUCCAAAAACACAAACUGCACUCAAGGAGCUUGAAUCAAUUCACAAGGUUUUGGAUCUCUACGUUUGGUUAAGCUUUCGGUUGGAAGAUUCUUUCCCAGAUCAUGAGCUGGCUGCUUCACAGAAAGCCAUCUGCAGCCUGUUGAUUGAGGAGUUCCUGGAAAGUCUAGGAUGGCAGAAGCCAAGGGCAAGCAGGUUAUCUCGUCGGACUAGCUUAAGUUCUCUAUCUUCCACGGGUAUCAGGCAAUAUCUAUGAAUCCUCAACUCCUCGUCAUAAAUUGCCCCGAAAUGUUUCUUCAUUUUUUGAUGCUGUGAUUGGGUAGUAUACUCGAAACAGACGGCGUGGAAAUUAUCAACCAGCCUCUCUAACUUUUAGCUAUUCCAAGAAUUCCAGGUCUCUGUUUAUUUGCUUUCACUCAAGUGGGUUGUAGGCUUCAGAGCCCUGUGCUUUAUAUACUGUGAUCAGGAGCCCAUACGGUUGGUUACUCUUUCUUGUAUAUGCUCUCUAAUUAUAUAGUUGGGGUCAUUUUUUCAUUUUAUUUUUGCAACAUUCAGUUCUAAUAUGUUGUAAAAAAAAUAUUGGUUUUGUUUUUCGGGCAAGCAAUUUAUUAUUGAAAGUCAGAUCGUUUAUGUUUAA